AUUGGUGAAGUCCGGGCUGCGUCCAGGGGCGAAGCGCUGCGCUUCAAGCCACCGGAUUGGAAGCACGCGUGCCAUGUCCUCCUGUACGCGCCCUGCCCCGGCCGCCUCUUCGGGAAGAUCCCGUUGCGUUACGCAGUGUUGAUGCAGAUGCGGUUCGAUGGUCGCUUGGGAUUUCCAGGUGGAUUUGUGGAUCCACAAGAUGCCUCCUUGGAAGAGGGCCUGAGUAGGGAACUGCAUGAAGAGUUGGGUCCUGGUGCUGCCUUGCUUCAGGUGACUGAGAAUGACUACUUGAACGCCUACAUCUCCGAGAGGCCUCAGAGAGUGGUGGCACACUUUUAUGUCAAGCAGCUUAGCCUGGAGGAACUUCGGACCCUGGAGGAGAGGGCCGUGCAGGCCAAAGACCAUGGCUUAGAGGUGAUGGGUCUUCUUCGUGUCCCCCUCUAUAUUCUGCGUGACGGUGUCGGGGGCCUUCCUGCUUUCCUUAGCAACACUUUCAUUAGCAGUGCCCGGGACCAGCUCAUUCAGGCCCUAGAUGUCUUCCAGCUUGUGCCAAAAGAGACACUCCAGAAGGCUGUGAACGUGGCUCAAAAGACCUCUUGAGCUUUGGACUGAAGCUUUCCUCACUGAUGAUUCUGUGAUGGACCCCAAGAACUGAAGUCCUCUAAGCGGAGCAGCUGUGGAAAGAAAUGCGAGAGUGUGAGAAGAAUGUUGAGAAUGGCCCACUCUAUGCCCCAUUGAAUAGUUGAGUGCUCUGCAGUUGAGUCGGGCAGACAUCUAGGUUUAAACAUCUACUGAGUGUGCAUUAUUGAUGGUGUCUUCCUGGUGUUAAUUUGGGUGGGGAAGGGUUAAAACAAGUAAAGCCAGGUGGUCUUAAUUCUUGGCUUUGGAGAGAGAGUGAGUGUGAUGCAGCCCACUAUCCCCAUGUUUACAGACACAUAAGGACUUCCUGACUGUACACAUUAUACACACAGAUCAGUCUGUGGUUUAGAUUUUUUUUUCCAGCCCAUGUCUCAAAAAACACAGUGUCUUUGAAUUUCCAGUUUUCCAGUAUCAUGGAAGUGGGAUUCACCUUCAUCGCACAAGCCCUUUGAAUAUAUCCCUCUUGGCUUAUCAUAGCUUUAUUAUUUCAAAGCUGGAAUCUGCCCCUUCUAAUCUUUUACCACUGCCUGAAAAACAGUUUAACACACUUCCCCCUCCAUGGCUCUUGGCUCAUAUAAUCUUUUUUAUUAGCUUGUAAAGAAAUAGCAAAUGGCCACCAGAGAUGGUCAUUGUCCCUCCCUCUGUUUUUUUUUCCCCCUCCUGUUUCUCAUGAUGUAAUGACAUAGGUGUAGAAAUUGUUAAAGACCAGGAAUGUGCCCAAAGCACAUCAAUAAAUUAUUGCAGCAGCAAUUUCUGUGUAAACAGAUCUAGGAAGUACAGUAUUCUUUACUUCAAACUAGUUAUGUGCGCCUCUUUGUCCUGUGAUAACUUUUGGUUACAAUUGGGCUGGGAUGGCCAUUUUGGAAUAAAUAAAGGUAGCAGAGAUGAGGGGUAUGAGUAAAGGUGAUGUAUCUUAGUACUAUCCAUGCCAGCAUGGAUUUAUGGAGGAAAUUCACUUUUGUCCAUUUAUAAAUAGCAAGUUUCUAGUCCUUGUGCCAUUGGAAAUGGUGUAGAAAAACAGUCAGCAACUUUUGAUUGGAACUCACAAUUUAGGAAGAGCAGAAAGGACCAGAAGAAUUUGUGUGGCCAUGAGCUGGAGAGUUUUUGUCCUCCAUGCGUCUGCACUUCUUUCCAUGUCAAAUGAAAAUGGAAUACGUUAGACAAAAGUCUAGAAUCGCAUAAAUGGUGUGACCUCCCUCAACAAAAUGCUGCACAAUUUAGGAUGCACUACCAGUGAACCAGGCUAUUAAAAGAAAUACACAUGCAGCACCACUGUGAUUGGGUUCCCCUUGUAAAACUAGCAGUUCCCUUUUUGGUACUUGAGUGAUGACAGGAGAUGAUAUUCCUUUAACCAAACCUUUAGUAUCGGGUGGAGGGAAGGGGUGAAUUACAACUUCUGUAGGUCCAACAGGACUAUUAAACAAUAGUAAACCAUUCCA